UAGGCACAGUAAGAUGAUAAAUGAGAAGCAAGUCAAAUCACCUCGGUCACAAACAUUCCCAGUCUCUGAGGAUGAGGAACUCCUCAAAUUCUGGACGCCCAUUAUGGAAGAAUUAGAAGCCAAAGAAGCAGAAUAUAACCACCAACAGGGAGAGGCAGAGGCAGCUUCUGACCGAAAGAGAAAGAGAAUACAAGGCAAUCUUGUAAUUGAAGCUGGUGAAGGUAGUACAAUCCUCCCUCUGGAACCAGAGCCAAAGCUAGCUGAACCAAGUAGCAAGCAGAACAAUGCUGAACAAAGCAAGCUUCCUGAGCCAAAGUUGCCAAGCAACUUGACAAGAAAAAGGCGAGUGUGUCGACAAAACACAGGCAUAUCUUCCUUAGUUCGAUCUUACUGUUUCGAACCUGCAUAUGAGAACUCCAUGUUGAACUUGCCAAGCACUCCAGUAUUUCAGAGCCAACAACCAGCUGUUACAACCUCUAGAUUUUCCCUUGGAAUUUCUAGGGAGAUGGAAACCUGGAGAAAAAGGGACAUCCAAAUGGAUGGAAUUCAAAUGUCUGCUGGAUAUAGAGGAGACAAAAAUGCUUGGCCUGCAGUAGCUGAACCAAGGAAAACAACUCUUCCAUCAAUGCUUGCACUUGGUGGAUUUCAACCCAUGAGAACAACUUUGUCAUCAAUGACUGCGACUCCAGCUUUGGGUUCAAAGCUGUCUCCUGCCAUGGCAAAUAUUCCUAGAUAUUUCUGUAAUAAUGAAGCUUUGUCAUCCCCAUCUUCAAGUAAACAACUGGUUGCAUGGACCAACAUCAGAGGAAAUAUUGAAUUUGUUGUGUCUCUGCUCAAGGAAUGGCCUGUGGCAACUGAAGCCAUUGAAGCCUUUCUUGAUGAAAUAGAGGCCAAGGAAAAGACUGUGGGGUGUAGCUUCAAACGCUUCAGGGAUGGUGUGCGUCAGGUAAUAGAUGUUAUCAGAAGGAACCAGUCCGCUAGUGUGAAGUUGAUGGCAGAAGAAAUGACCUCAAAGAAGUUAAGUGAGAUUUAUAGACAAUGCAAAUUGAACGCCAUCCAUGGAGCAGUGCAUUUGGAAAGGAAGCCGAGUUCUGAUCAAGGAGAACACAUGCAGUGUAUGGUUUCUGCUUCGGAAAGGGAACUGAAGGAAGAGAAGGUUAAAUUGGCUGUGUAUGAAAAGAGAUCUCAGAGACAAGAAAAGGAAAUAAGGAUGGCAGCAUCAAAUACGAUCUCAGAUAAAAUUGGGAAGGCUGAAAGAGAACAUAGAGAGCUGGAUAUGCCCCAAGCCUUGUUCCCUUUCAAGCUAUUUGGAAACAAUCUGGUCGCCACCUUUCAAAAUAACAUCAUUCCAUGACUAUGAACUUUGGGUAUCAUGAGAACUCAAGGUGAAACUAGAACUGAAGGAAAGAAAAAGGAAAUGUAGCAAUGUUCUUACUUCAAUUUCUUGGAGCAUUUGGCUUCUAUCAGUCGAUAUCUUUGUUGGGCAAUCAUGAUGUGAUAUUCUUACAAAUGUGCAAUUCUUCUUUGUAGUUCAAUGAAAGAAUUGGUCCUGUAUUUAAGUUCAUCUUGCGUAUAUGUAAUACACACAUUUUAUUGAAACCAAUCAAUGGAUGGAUUAGACAAACUGCUUACACA